AUGUCUCUUGGUUUGGCCCCGCAGGUCUCUCAGACCGGACCCCAGGGACCUCAGGCUACCCAUGCCACCUCCCAGGGACCGCAGGCGACCCAGGGCACCUCCCAGGCACCGCAAGCGACCCAGGCCAUCUCCCAGGCACCGCAAGCGACCCAGGGCACCUCCCAGGCACCGCAAGCGACCCAGGCCAUCUCCCAGGCACCGCAAGCGACCCAGGGCACCACCCAGGCACCGCAAGCGACCCAGGGCACCUCCCAGGCACCGCAAGCGACCCAGGGCACCUCCCAGGCACCCCAUCAACAGACGCCGUCAACAUCAAGGAUGUCGUCGACCUCCUCGACGCCUUUCGCCACCCCGAUGACGACCACACCGGCACCAACGAGGCGGUCAGCAGUGCCACGUCAUCGGGGGGCGGCACCAAUGAAUCUUGUCGAGACCGAGCUCCGCCAGCUCCGCGAGGAGAACCGGCGACUAAAGGAGGAGAACCGGCGACUAAGUGGGGAGAACCGGCAGGCAAUGGAGGAGGUUCGGCUGGCAACGGUGGAGGUUCGGCAGGCAAAGGAGGAGAUUAGGCAGGUGAAGGAGGAGAACAGGCGACUGAAGGUAAUUGUAAGCUUUCUCGUCGGCGGCAACGGCGACAGCUUCUACCUCGGCAGCUUCUACCUCGGCAGCUUCUACCUCGACAGCUUCUACCUCGGCAGCUUCUACCUCGGCAGCUUCUACCUCGGCAGCUUCUACAUCGACAGCUUCUACAUCGACAGCUUCCACUUCAGCUGCACCAGUGACGGCAGUGACUUUGGGGACUUUGGCGACACAGACGGUUCCAACUUACUGUCAAUCGAUGCCAGGUUUUCGGAUAAUCAGGCUGCCAACAAUAGGAGAGACCAGAGACAGAGACAGAGGACUGUAAACAUGAUACGGCAGCAGCAACAGCAACAGCAGCAACAGCGACAACAACAAAGAAGGAUGGAUCAACAGACGCUGGCUCGCGACCAGCAACGUCAGCAACAGCAGCAGCAGCAACAACAACCCUACCAGGCUCUGCUGCGUGUCCUAGAUGAGGCACAAAGGACUUCGAGAAGGGGACGCGUCCGCAAGCCUGCUGGUGCUCUUCAGAUGACCCUGGGUGGAGGCAUUACCAGCACCCUUGCCGCAGCUGUUCACCGCACCGUCUACCACACCGUCUACUUCACCCGUCUACCACACCUCCGCUCUAGUCUAUGGUGA